UGAACAAUUGAUUUAUUUGCAUAAUACCUGAUUUUUGAUAUUGCAAUAUAAUUAUGGCUUCGGAAAUUUUAAUCAAAAUACUUCGUGCCAUUCCACGUUUUACGUUCGAUUUUCAUCCUGCACCAAAAGUAUUUACAUUACAAUUUGACAGCCAUUAUGUGCAGUCAUUGUUUUUGUUUGUUGGUGCAUUCCUUUUCAUUGGUGCAGCAUUAUUGUUGACAAUUACCAUAACAUGGAUUUGUCAAUGUUGCAUCAAGCAAGAUACAAAUGUAAAAUCAAGACGACGAGUUCGUCAACUAUCACUCGUACUAUUCAUUAUUAGCAUUAUAUGCUUCUUUUGUCUUGGAAUAUGCUUAUUUGGCAAUGAACAUUUGAAUCGAAGUAUAAUGAAUUCAAUUACCAGUGCUGAAGAUAUCUCACGGAAUUUAUUAUUUGCUGAUUCACAGUCAAAUUUAUUGAAUGAUUAUUGUUUGAAAACCGUUAAACAAAUCGAUACAUUAUCAACAGCUGUAGAAAAUGCAGCAGAAAAAACGGCUGAUAUAAAUAAAACGGCCUUACAUGAAUUUAUAACAGUAUUGGAUUCUGUAUCGCAAAAAGUCGAUUUAUUGGGCAUAGAUUUGACCUUUCUCAGGAAAGUAUUAUCAGGAAAUGUAUUUUUUGAACGUAGUUCACUCUAUACGCAACGAAUUGAGCUAGAAAGAUGGGUUCUUUGUGCAACUUUACUUUCAAUUAUGCUUAUCGUACUUUUUGCUGGUGUUAUUGCGUUUUGUCGGCAAUCACGAAAAGGCGCAGUGGUAUUUUCCGGUCUUGGUUUUGCAAUUUUUAUUGUUGGAUGGCUAUUACUAGCUGUUAUAUUUCCAACAUCUAUGGCAUUAGUAGAUUUUUGCGCAGAUGGUACUCAAUUCAUUCGGGAACAUAUGUCAAAUGAAACUAUGGCAUUGUUUGAAUUUUAUCGAAAAUGUAAUCCAACAGUUAAUCAUGAUAAUUUACCAAGUGUAAUCCAUAUGGAUAAAAUCAGUAAGGAACUAUCGGAUGUACGAGAAAUGAGCCAAAAAUUUGAUUCCAAAAUUGGAAUACUAUUCAAUAAUAGCAGGGAAGUAGUUGAGCUCAUCGAACAGGUUAAGAUAAUUAAUGAUGGCAUAACAGUUGCAUUAAAAAGUAUGGGAUCACUUGAAACAACGGUUUCAUGUUAUACUUAUCACAAGGAUAUGUUAAUUAUGGAACGUAGUUUUUGUGUUGAUGGAAUUAUUGGAUCAUCGAUUUUGUUGUAUUGUUUAAUUCUACUUGAAGCAUUCUUAUUCACACUUCUACUUAUUGUAUCCAAAAGUUGGCAUUUAUUCGCUCGAUUGCAAUCAGAUUACGUAGAAGUGGACGAGGAAGAUCCGUUUUUUCCACGAGGAAAUGACAGCACUAUUCCAGUAGACAUUUACGGUAGUCACGUUUUGAAUCCACGUACACGUUUCGCUAACUCUUUAGAUCGCACGGAACAAUCUACUGGAACAACAAAUGCAACAUGCGGUCUUGCAAAUGGUUCCAUAAAUAAUCAUACAUCUGCUUCGACGGCAUUAUUGAAUUCGAAUACGGAAUCAUCAACACCCCCGUGGCAUCGUGGAUUAACUUCACAACCUACAGCAUCAUCCACCGCUAAUGCUCCGCCUGCGGUAGGAACGAGCAGUAUGAUGCAUACGGCAUAUCAACCAAACAUCGAUGAACCAACAACAUACCAACGUCGUAAUUAUCAAGAGCAAUUUGAUGUUUAAUUUCAGGAAAUUCUCAUUUUUUUAUUCCAAAUAUAUUUAUUU